UACGAGGCGGAAGAUAUCAGCUGAAUCUUCCGCACUAGUCUACUGCAUGGAUGCAUUAAGCGAGCAGUCUCAUGGAGCUGCUUACGUUGUGCAGCAACUAGCGACGGUUUUGAACGAUAGGUGGAGACUGAAGUGUUUGUUUUCAUAGUAAACCGGUGAACGGAAGUAGCUACUUGGUCCUCUUUAAAAACAGUGUCGUUUGUGCCUGUCCGGUGGAGGAUUAAGUGUGUUUAGCUACAUGUUGUGCAGUUUACAGUGUUUGCGUGAAUACAUCCAACUGGCGAAUCGCCUUAAUUCGCCCGGAGGGUCAUCGUCAGCGACGACACCCUCUGCUCCGUCAGCGUCAACUGUUUAGAAAAUGACCGGAGAGAAGAUCCGCUCCCUGCGCAAGGAUCACAGGCCCAGCAAGGACGAGGAUUUACUAGAGCCGGAUGAAGAAGCUGCAACCGGGACGUUCACCGCCUCCAGGACAAACAACAAGAGCAGAGCAAGUAAAAUCUUUAGCAAUCACAAGUUAACCAAGUCUUCAUCCACACAGCAGCAGCAGCAGCAGCAGCAGCAGCAGCAAAACCAGCAGUCGCAGGUUAAUGCUAACACCAACACACUGUCAACAUCGGAUGUCAUCGAUGACAACAACAAAAACCCCAUCAUCCGAACCGGGCAGGACUUUCCCGUCCAUGAAUGUGUGUUUAAAGGAGAUGUCCGACGCCUGUCUUCACUCAUAAGGACGCAGAAUAUUGCCCAGAAAGACGUCCAUGGAAACACACCAUUGCAUCUCGCCGUCAUGAUGGGGCACAAAGAGUGUGCCCACCUGCUGCUGGCCCACAAUGCACCGGUGAAGGUGAAGAACGGUCAAGGAUGGAGCCCCCUUGCUGAGGCAAUUAGCUACGGAGACCGACAAAUGAUCACAGCGCUGCUGAGGAAGCUAAAGCAACAGUCCAGGGAGACUGUGGAGGACAAGAGGCCCAAGCUGCUGAAAGCCCUGAAAGAGCUUGGAGACUUUUACUUGGAGCUUCACUGGGACUUCCAAAGUUGGGUGCCUUUGCUCUCCAGAAUCCUGCCUUCAGAUGCCUGUAAGAUCUACAAGCAGGGCCUCAACAUCAGAUUGGACACUACCCUAAUAGACUUCACAGACAUGAAGUGUCAGCGUGGGGACCUCAGUUUCAUCUUCAAUGGCAAUGCCACCCCCUCCGAGUCUUUUGUUGUGCUGGACAACGAACAGAAAGUCUACCAGCGGAUACACCACGAGGAGUCGGAGAUGGAGACAGAGGAGGAAGUGGACAUUCUGAUGAGCAGCGAUGUGUACUCCGCCACACUUUCCACCAAGUCCAUCACUUUCUCCAGGGCACAGACCGGCUGGCUGUUCAGAGAGGACAAGACGGAGCGUGUGGGAAAUUUUUUGGCAGAUUUCUACUCUGUGAACGGCCUGGUGCUCGAGUCGAGGAAAAGACGGGAGCAUCUGAGCGAGGAGGAUAUCUUGAGGAACAAAGCCAUUAUGGAGAGUCUGAGUAAAGGAGGAAAUCUCAUAGAGCAGAACUUUGAGAGUAACCACCAGUCCAGUCCCGAAACUGUCCUGUCCUGCUGGAACCUUGGGCCUACGAGGAGGCAAUCAUUAACUGCUCCUUCACCCAACACUAUAUCCUGGGUAGAAUACAUCACUGCUGACAUUGGAAAAGUUCCUCAUCUGGGAAGAGAGCUGGUCUGCAAAGAGAGCAAGAAAAACUUCAAAGCCACAAUAGCCAUGAGUCAAGACUUCCCUCUGGGCAUCGAAUCGUUAUUGAAUGUUCUGGAGGUGAUUGCACCCUUCAAGCACUUUAAUAAACUCCGGGAGUUUGUUCAGAUGAAGCUCCCCCCUGGCUUUCCUGUCAAACUGGACAUCCCUGUCUUCCCUACAAUCACAGCCACAGUGACGUUUCAGGAGUUUCGAUAUGAUGAGUUUGAUCAGUCCAUUUUUACCAUUCCUAACGACUAUAAAGAAGACCCUAGCCGCUUCCCUGACCUUUAGCCUCUUGAGCUGGAACAGGAAACAGACGUACAGCAAGACAACAUUAUGCUACGAAACAUACAUUUCAAAUUACAAAAGGAAAAAUGGAGGG